AUGCCAAAUGGUCAAAAUACUAAUUUACCUCAUAAUAAUUUGGAUUUAGAGACUAAAGAAAAAUUGGCCAGUUAUGUAUUGGAUUAUCUACGAACAUUGGGUUGCACAAGAGCAGCUGAAGCUUUUCAAUCAGAAGUUAUUAAUACUGAUAUUAGAAAAAUUCCUGAAGUUGAUACACCAAAUAUUUUGUUAGGAUGGUUUUCUAUAUUUUAUGAGUUGUAUUGCGCAGCUCCUGACAGACGCCAUAUGUAUGACAUUUCUGCUGACGCCAAGGCCUUUCAUGACUUUGGAUUCGUACAAAAUACACAACUUCCUCCUGGUUCUGUAAUGGGCCCACCUUUUCAACAACCAUCAAGUCAGUUUCCUGCUCCAGUACCACAAGUACCUAUGACUGGUGGUAAUAAUCAAGGAUAUUACCAUCACAAGUCAACUGAAAAUGGAAAUGGUUUACCAAUGAAUAAUGUUAACCAAAGAAUGGGAGUAUCAAAUAUGAUGAAUCAAGCUUCAACCCAUCAACAAUUUUCAACAUCACAACCACAACAAUUACAAUCAACAAACCAACAAUUAAGAAGCUUGAUAAAUGAACGUUCGCAAACAACAAAUAUGAAUAAUGGAAUGCAAGAAAAUCGUAUGAAUACAAUGAAUUACCAACCAAAUCCUGGACAACAUCAAUACAUGGAUAAUAAUAUGUUACCACCAAAUGGUAUGCAACAACAUAUAAGAAUGGGAAAUGAACAACAACAAAUGAAUGUUGAUCCAAGAUAUAUGAAUGUAAAUCAAGGAUAUAAUCAACCAGGUUAUCAAAUUCCAGGAAACCCAAAUAAUAUAAAUAUUCCACCACAAUCACAACAACAGAAAGCUCUUGAAAGUAAUCAAAAUAUGAAUGCUAUGCAACAAAAUAUGAUGAAUCAUACACAAAUUAUAUUUUUUAAAAUAUGA